UAACGUGUUUGUAGAUAGACAAAAAAGCUUUUCUAUAAAAUAAGCCAUACCUGACAUUUUCAGAAAUUGUGAAUUCCAAGUUAAGGUCGUUUAAAAUAUUUCGGAUUCAGAACAUUCAUAUAUUGUACACCAAAAGGAAAAUCGGCAUGGACUUACAUGUUAGGAAGAUGAAGAGUGUCCGUAUUCAAAUAUAUUUAACUUUUGUGCUCCUUCAUUGUGAUGUACAUUGUUUGCCACCAAUAAUAGCUAAUCUACCCAGUUCCGUCUCAAUUAUGGAGAGUCUUGUGGGUUCGACUGUCACGGCGUUAACACCAGUAUCGCCACUUAAUGUGAGCGACCCUGAAUCGGACACAUUUAAUUGUCUGGUCUCCAAUGUGGCUCCGACAGUGACUGGUUUCGCCGUCACGUUAGUUGGCACUGAUUAUAACUUUUUCAUGACAUCGAACCCUGGUUUCGAACACGACGACGACAACCUGUACACUGUGACUAUAACAUGCACCGACUCGAACUCGGAAGCUGCCUCGGGUGACAUCAGCGUCAACAUACUACCAAACACACCGCCGACCAUUGCCGGUAUGCCAGCAUUUGAGAAUGUGCUGGAAGGCGAAUCUGUGACAAGACUUGUAUACACAAUAUCGGUUUCUGAUGUUGAAUCUGAUACAUACACAUGCGCAAUUACUCCAACCAACUUUCCGUUUAACCUUCAAUUGAAUGGAGCAGUUUAUUCUAUUCAUCUGAACGAUAAUCCAUCGUUAAACCAUGCAGCUACGCCAUCCUAUACCAUCACAAUUACGUGCACGGAUGCAUUUGGCGAAUCAAAUGGUGGCGUCUUACAAAUCACGGUCACCCCUAACAACGCCCCGGUGAUGAGUGGACUUCCGGCAACAGUCUCUGUUUCAAACAUUGAAACAGCAUCCAGAUCUUUGAAAACAGUAACAGUUACAGAUUCCGAUGGGCAGACUGUGACAUGCAGUGUGACGUCAUCACCAAGUGGUCCGUUCUCCAUGGUCCAGGAUGUGUCAAUACCAGAGUACAAGGUUUAUCUAGACGCUAACUCUAACACUGCUAUCGCCGCCGCUGCUGCCACAACCUUCGCAGUCACUGUCUCGUGCACUGAUUCCACGGACACGACGUCCGCAGUUCUAACCGUCGACGUCACAAGCAACAAUUAUCCUUCGCUAGAUAAUUUGCCUGCGUUUGUGAACCUGGACGAGAGUGCGGUGGGAUCGACUGCUGUCGCUGACACUUUACUGACGUUAACAGUGACAGAACCAGAUGGUGAGACUUACUGGUGUGAACUUACACCGGCCGUGACUGGUUUCGCCCUCUUGGAUAAUUCUGGAACGUACAAUGUGUACCUCGCCAUAAACCCUGGUUUUGAGUAUGAUACCAUGUCACAGUACACGUUGAGUAUAACAUGUACCGACCAAAACGGUAAUGCGGCGACUGACACCGUCACUGUCAACUUAUUACCCAACACGCCACCUACCUUCUCCGGUAUGCCUGCUUCGGUCACUGUCAGUGAAGGAACAUUGAUUUCUACAAAUAUAUACAGCAUUUCUGUGACGGACACUGAUUCCUUCACGUGUGCUAUCGGAACCACAACACCCGCAUCUGCUCCUUUCAGCAUUCUGUUUGGUACCUCAGUGUACCUGGAUGCUGGUGCGGGAUUGGCUACAACCCAGUACGUCGUCCCUAUCGUCUGCUCAGACAGUUACGGCUCCUCCACCGGAACACUUACCGUCAAUGUAUCUCCUAACGGCGACCCCGUUAUCACGGGACUUCCGGUUACAUUAAGCGUUGAUGAGACCGAAACUGCUGGUCGAGAUCUGCAUAUCUUGGUUGUGACCGACCCAGAGGGAGACGUGAUCACAUGUAGCGUUACGUCAUCACCAACCGGUCCAUUCUCAAUCGUGCAGGAUCUGGCUAUUCCGGAAUACAAACUGUAUUUAGACGCCAAUGCUAACCUACAGCUGAACUCUGCCGUAGCAACACAGCACGUAUUAACUGUCACGUGUUCUGACGCAAAUGGCGGCUCCACUUCCGGAACUGUGUACGUCGACGUGACCGGAAACGUUGCUCCAGUAUUCACUGGUCUACCGGAUGUUUACUCCAUCUCUGAGAACCAGGCUACGGAGAUUUUGAUAUGGGCACUCGCCGUGACAGACCCGGAGUCCAACCCGUUUAUAUGUAGUAUGUCAGUCGUGCCCAGCAGCACACCUUUUGACCUCAGAAAGAAUACAACAACUGGAGUAUACAAUCUGUACAUCCUGUCUAACCCGGGGUUCCACUACGACACGAUCCAGUCAUAUAUCGUUACUUUCACCUGUGUCGACUCCCCACAGGGGGCCUCGGGGACAGCCGUCCUUACCGUGGAAAUCAUAGAAAACCGUCCACCACAGUUUACCAACAUACCAGGUGUCGUAUCGCCUAACCCCGACGCCCUAAACACUGUGAUAUACACCAGCCUUUUCACCGUGACCGCCACAGACGCUGAUCAAGAUCAAGUCUACUUCAGCAUGACUGCCGAUCCGACCACCGACAGUUUUGCUAUCAACACAGCUACUGGAGAAAUUACGGCAGCCAGGGAUCUCCAAACUGAGUUAAUCAGCGUUUAUGUCCUAAAUGUGACCGCCACAGACAACAAAUUGUCCACCUCGGCGUUACUCACACUCACUCUUACAAACAUCAACACAGCACCAACGAUAACAAACCUCGUUCUCAAUUCAGUGACGUCCGUUUCGUUUUCUGAAACUUCGGCCUACCGUACAUUAAUCUAUACCCUUAACGUUUACGACCCGGACAGCGGACAGACACAAUACGUGACCUUUGACACAACACCCUCUACCGAGGCAGCAUUAUUUAACCUCACCAACAACGCGGUAUCGCUUACUGCCCGUAAGCUCUUCAACUUUGAAGACCAGAUCACAUAUAUGCUUGCCUUCUAUGUGACGGACAGUAUACAUAUGAUAGGUCCCUACUAUCUGCAGAUUACAGUCCUAGAGGAGGGCGAGCGAUGCUACUUCGAUAAAACGCUUUACGAAGCCACCGUUGACGAGGCAGGGAUCGGAUCUGGGACGAUCAAUCUUGGUUUUUCCAUAACUGAUCCGGACAAUCCAGAUUCUCAUACCUACACAAUCCGGUCGGGAGAUGACGCACACCUUUUUGCCAUUGACUCAACUACCGGUAUUAUAACGUUCGCUGUGAAUUAUGACGUCGACAGCGGAAGUAACCAUCCACAAAACGCAACAAUUAUAAUACAAUGUACAGAUACGUACUCACUGACUGGGACGGCCACUGUAUCUAUAUACGUCGAUGAUAUUAACGAUAACGCGCCUGACUUCAACUCGGGAGGAUAUGUUGUAGAGGUUAAUCAGUAUGACAACCUUGGCCAUGCUAUUGGUACUCUAAACGCAACUGAUAAAGACAGUGGAAACAAUGGUGAAGUAGAGUAUACAGGGACAUCGUCUACUGGUGGAUCGUAUUAUAAAAUCGCCAAAAAUGGCCAGAUUCUCCUUCUUUCAGCACUUACGUUCGAAUACGGCACCGCACACCGCUUUCACGUCACAGCUGUUGACCAUGGAAGUCCACAACUGACCGGAACUACCUAUGUGGACAUAGUAUACAGGUAUAGAACAACGACCACGCCCACUACAACCACAACCACCUUGGCACCAACUGACUUUUGGACAGUGGAAAACAUCGCCCUCAUAGCAUCGCUUGGAGCGUUGGCGCUGUUGGGACUCGCGGUGCUGUUGUUCAUGUUGCUGAGAAAUACAGGAUGCUGUUCAGGAGUGAAUGGGCCAUCAAGCUGCCGACAAAUGUGCAAAUGUCAUAAGAAAUCACCCAACCGAGUAGUAGUGACGCCAAAAAAUCCGAAAGCUUCAGAAUGGAAACUUUGGGAUAACAAUGAUCUUAACAUACAGCGGAAACCAUUUGUCACGAACGUCACGGAAACGGCAAUACCACAAACCAUGAAGAUGUAAUUAAACAAUCAACAUUCUCUUACUCGUUGAACCUGGGACGACACUAAAAAGAUGAAAGCACGACAGAAAAGUAAACUCUCACUUCAUUGAAACUAACAGUAGACAAGCAACAAAGGUUUUAAUGAAAGAAACGACCUCCUCUUAUUCACUGUAACUGGAACAUUGAUUCUAAAGCUUUUCAAUGUGAAAAUAGUUCAGAAUGUUCAUUUCUCUUUGUUCUCUAUCUAUCCAAGAUGCAAAAUGGACUUAUUAGCAUCAGUUCCUAAAUGCUAUGGGAUAUGGUGUCCUGUUACAGAGUGGGAGUGUUGGAUUUGUUUUCCGUUUUUAUAUAACACUAGCAUCUGCAAAUACAACACGCAUACUUCUGAUAUUUAACAAAAACGACAGAUCAGCAUCAACCAGUCUUUACCACCAUUAUGAUUGUAGCAUUACAAUUGUAUACAGUAUAUGUGAUUA